GAUAACGGUGACUCAUCAUAUAGGACAAAUAUGGGAUUUUCUGUUGUGUGGGUGCAAUGUUAACCAACGAAUCCUGAAACCUUUCGUGAGAGCAGAUCCUUAUCUAUACGGCCUGUGGUGACUCGCCUACUCAAGCAUGGAAGGUGCCUCAGCAACAAGUCUGAACAAUUCAAUACCGAGCGCUGUGCUACUUGUUUGGUUGAAUUAGUUCCAGACUGAAGUUGUCCUUCAGUGUAAAAUCUGCACACGGGUUAGGAGUCAACUUCGCUUUCUUGAAACAGAAUUACCCGGAGUUGAGUACUUUGGAGGACUAUUUUCUUGCGGGAUUUUUACAGAACUGGACUUUCUCUGACUAAAAAUGAGACAGCUUUUGAUGAUGGAUAAUAACACGGAGGACGAUGUGCUGAGUGAUAACUGCACAGCAGUGAAUCCAGCAGUGUAUACAAUGUACGCUUCUGUGAUGAUUAUAGAAUUCAUUCUGGCUGUGCCGCUCAACCUUUCAGUACUUUAUCUGUUCAUCUUCAAGCUGCAGUUCUGGAAACCUAACUCCAACAACCUUUUCCUGUUCAACCUCGUCUUAGCUGACCUUCUUCUGCUAGUCUGUUUGCCAGUGAAUGCCUACAAUUACAUCUGGGGAGAACGGUACAGCUCAGAGAAAUUGGUCUGCAAAACAAUGUUUUUCAUGCUGUUUCUGAACCGAGGGGCCAGUAUUGCCUUCUUGACCGUGAUUGCGGUUGAUCGCUACUUCAACGUGGUGCAUCCUGGGAAAAAGAAUGUUGUCAUCAGAAGGUCCCCUCAAAUCUCUGUCCUCAUCUGGGUAGUUCUGCUCCCUCUGACCCUCCCCACCAUGCUGAAAACUGACUGCUGCAAUAGUCAUGGAGACGCCACUGACAUUUUGAGAGAGAUUGUGUUUUUCACCCAGAUUCUCAUCCCUUUCUUUGUGCUGGUCUACUGCACGGUGCCCAUUGUCAACAGACUUAAAAAGCAAACAAUAGGGGACACAACCAAGCUGCGUCGAGCAGUGUUUCUGGUCACCUUGGUCAUGUUGGUCUUCUCUUUCUGUUUCCUACCUUGUACCUUAGCAAGAAUGGUUUUGCUGAUUGUCAGAAAGUUGAAUCAAGAGAAUGCUAAAGAUAUAUGGGUUCAGGUCUAUGAUGGUCUGAUAGUUUUAUCCUACAUGGAUUGUCUAAUAGAUCCAUAUGUGUACUGCUUGAGUAGCAGUAAGUUCAAAAGUCUCUACCUGUCAACGUUUUGUCCCUGUCUAGCUGGCACGGAUGAAGAAACAACCGACAACACAAACUCGACAGACAACCCUGGAAAUGCAAAACGCAAGAACAACCCAAUGUAUUAUAGUAGGUAGGAAGCGGACAUGAAAAUUACUGAUGUAUUACUGCUUUUUAUCAUGAUGAACGUGUUUUUCCAAACCGGACUGUGAUUCAAUGCCCUUUUUCUGUUGUCAUCUGUGCUCUGGUUUAUUUUGCCUGUGAUGUCAUGUUAAGCACACAAUGAAUCACAAUGAGUUGCUACUAAAUGUCUGGUUGGAUUAUUAUAUCAUUCUAGAAACUUUCUGAUUACUGUUGUUCCUACCACUCCUAGUACUCUUGCUGAGGCCAAUAACGACAGUUUCCCAGUGUUUCAUUCCAAUUUUACAAACCUUCGAUUAUUAUCAUUUGAUGAUUAUCACGGUGAACAAAAUAUUUCUUUGAGAGAUUUUUUUGAUCAUACUACACAUUGAAAUAGUCUGAGUACUAGUCUCUUUUUGUGACAUUCUACUUCUUGCCACUCCUAAUUAUUAACAAAGGAAUUGCAUGAAAUGACAAGGAGUGGCAGGGAGUUAGCUAAUGUGACACAAAAAACUAGUUACAACAUGGUCAGCCAUACUUCUUACCACUCAGAGAAUGUGUUGGAACAGGACACACCUUGGGCUGCCAACCAUCACCUGACGAAGGCGAAAUGGGAAUGUUUGUUUUCUGAUUG